CCCAAGAUCUGCUCCUCGCGGGGCGCCGUCCCGGCUCCGAGGCGCUCGGCGCGGCUAAAGCUCUCACCUUUCUUCGAUCGCAUCGCCCUCCAAGAUCAAGAUUCCGGCGAGGCCGCGUUGCGGCCGCCUUCAAGUUUCCAAAAGAGAAGAUAGCGUUUGAACAACUCCAAGUGAGUUAUGAUGGAGAUGAUUUUAUCUGAGUUCACAAAACAAGUUAUCAGCUCACUCAGCAAUUUGGCCACUAACGAAAUUGCCAAAGUUCUGUGCGUCAAAAAUGAGAUCAGCAAACUUACGAGACAACUUGAGAGUAUGACAGCUAUUAUCAGAGAUGCAGAGCGGACAGUUGUGCAGUAUGAAACAACUAGGGAUUGGCUGAAGAAGCUGAGAGAAAUCACUUAUGAUGCAGAAAACAUAAUUGACCGCUGUAGGAUUGAAAAGGAGAGGCUCCAAACAUCACAACCACCAGAAUGCAAUCCUUCAUCAGUUUUCAAGUGCUGCAGAGAUGUUCAUAUCGACUACAUAAUCGCGAGUGAUAUACAGGAACUAAAUCAGAAACUGGGCAGCAUUAAACUAGAGGGUGAGAUGCUCCAUCUAAAUCCAGUGACAGAAGAUCAAAUAAGAUCAGAUAUUGAAGUUGCUCCAGAUCUAGAGCCUGAUAUUAUGGGCAGAGAGGUGGAAUAUGAUUCUGACAGUCUCAUCGAACUACUAAAGAGAGAAGAUAUUCCUAAUCGUCCUUUGUUUGCUAUUAUAGGAACAAUUGGAGUUGGCAAGACUACUCUUGCUAGAAAGGUAUACCGCAAGGCAGCACCUAUGUUUAGGACCAGGGUAUGGGUCCAUGUCUCCAAAGACUUGCGGCAUCUAACAAUGUGGUCAGGUGGGAUGUUCAGCAAAGGAGAGACUGCAGGACAACAAGCACAGCUGCGUACAUGGUUACAAGGUAACAAGUUUCUGCUGGUCAUUGAUGAUGUGUGGGGAGAGAAUGUUUGGGAUGGGCUGCUAGAGAUACAAGCACAACAUGGCAGCCCUGGCAGUAGAGUCCUUAUAACAACCCGGGAUGAGCGUGUUGCGAGGAGGAUGGGGGCAGUUCAUCUUCACUGUGUGAAAGGGCUGAACGAGGACGAUGGUUGGUGGCUGCUUCGUACAAGGGCCUUCCUUGACGAGAGUACUGGAAACAUGCAGGAUAUCGGAAGGCGAAUUGUCCAAAAGUGCAAUGGCCUUCCAAUGGCAAUAAGGAGAAUUGGAUGCCAUCUAAGGGAUGUGGACCCUAAGGAAGAUGACUGGGAGAGAAUAUACUCCAGUGAUUUCUGUGGCCUUUCUUCAAGGAUAAGAAGUGCGAUCAAUAUGAGCUACCUUGAGUUGCCAUAUUACUUGAAGAGGUGUUUUCUUUAUUGCUCGUUAUACCCAGAGGGGUCUGUGAUUGAUCGCCGGUGCAUCACCCAGCAGUGGAUUGCAGAGGGUUUUAUUGUGCCCCCGCAGAACAGAACGCACCGGUCACAUACAGCAGUUGAAGAAGAAGCUGAAAAAUGUUAUGAGGAACUGUUAGGAAGAGGCCUUCUUCUGCCAGAAAAUGAAGCUUGUGGUGCAGAGGGAUCAAAAAUGCCUCAUCUCUUCAGGUCAUUUGCACUUCUCCAGUCACAAGAUGGAAACUUUAUUGGCAAUCCUCAAGAUAUAGGCGAGAUGUUGAAACCAUGCCGCUUGUCUAUUACAACUGGAGGUGUAGAAGCCAUCAUAAAUGGUAUUAAAAAGUUGAAAAGCUUGAGGACAGUUAUCGUGUCUGGGAGUCCACUAAAUGAUAGGGCCUUGGGUGUUAUUUUUCAAAGGUUCACACAUCUAAGAGUUCUAGACCUUGGAGAUACACAGAUUGAGUGCGUUCCUGGGAGUUUGGGACGGAUGACGCACCUUAGAUAUCUCAGCUUUGCAAACACCCAAGUUAGAGAAAUUCCAGCCAGUAUCGAGAAUCUGAGGAUGCUGCAGUUCCUAAUUCUCAAGAACUGCACUCGUCUGAAUGCUCUCCCAGAAUCUGUUAGCCGCCUUAUAAACUUGAGAACCCUUGACAUCUCAGGAGUUGGACUAAAUCAGGUGAAAUUCGGAUUCUCCAUGAUGAGAGAACUCAACUGCCUACAAGGUUUUCUUGUAAGCCCAGGUGUUGCGGAAAAUACAAAUGGUUGGCCAUUUCAAGAGCUGAAUUCCUUAUCUAAGCUGACAAGCCUCCAGAUACUGAGGCUAGAAGGGGCAUUAACUAGGGAAGAUGCAAGACAAUCAGCACUCGAGAAAAAGCAUCUGAAAGAACUUGAGUUAUGCUGGAGCACUGAUGAUGGAACAAUGGAAAUUAGUAGAGCUGGGAAUAUUAAAAAUGUGUAUGAAGAACUCAAGCCAGGACCUUCUGUUGUCUCUGUCAAGCUUGUAAAUUAUUAUGGCCAUGGAUUCCCAUCUUGGCUAGCUCCGUCUCAUCUACGAGAACUGCAGCGGCUGACCCUUGAUGGCUGCUUGCAUUGCAAAGAUUUCCCAUCUCUUGGACAGAUGAAAAAUCUAAAAUUCCUUGCGCUAAAUGGUUCCAAUUUGUCUACUGACAUUGGCCCUAAAAUUCGUGGAACACCAGAGGAUGGGGUGGCAUUUCCAAAGCUGGAGCAGUUGGUUGUCAGCAAGAUGACCAACUUGAAGUCAUGGUCGGGUCUUGAAAAAAGAGAUAUGCCUUCACUUAUGAAUUUCAGGAUUGUUGGCUGCCCCAAGCUGGAUUCACUCCCUGGCUGUGUCAUGAAUUGUAUGGCAUUGACAAGCUUGCAGAUAGAUCGUGCCGAUAGCCUGGAAGCAAUUGAGAACAUUCCUGCACUUAAAGAACUUGAAGUUCGUGAGAACAAUAAGCUGAAGAAUAUCUCGAACCUCAGGAGGCUUGAAGAUUUGAAAGUUGUGAAUUGCUUGCUUUUGAAUGUUGUACAGGAUGUCCCUUCAUUGCGUACUGUGCAUUCAAAUGAAAGGAAUUCAACUGAACUUCCACAAUGGUUGCAGCCAGAAAAACCAUUCAUGCUCAGGAGAUUGGAGAUUGUUGGCAAUGAGGAGCUACUUGAUAGCUGCUCGUCUGCUACUUCCCCAUACUGGUCUGUCAUCCAAAACGCUGAUCAUGUGUAUGCAAAUCUGCCAGAUGGCUCCUUCUACUUCUCCUAUGCCAAAAGUAGUAGCAACUUCCACAGAAGUGCGAGGUCCCUUGCGCGAUCUUCUUUAUACAGCUCACCUAGCUUCAGUAUGCCUAUUGUUCCACGAGCUGAUGAUGUUGUUUCGACGGAUGAAAUUAGAAGCAGCAGCGGGCAAAUUGGUCAAACCACAAAGAGGUCAUGGAUGAGGGUCGAUACACUUUUCACGGUUCUCCUAUUUGUUGCUGCCCAUAUAUUUUUCUUGUCAAGUGGAUAUUGAUCACCAGAUAAAAGUCCAUGUUCAGGCAGACUAAAUGUUGAUAAUUGUGCUAUUGUCUUUGUGAAUUCUGAUGUACCUUGUAUUGUUGGCACAUAAAACUCAUCCAGUACCUAUUUUUUCAACUAUAUAUUAUUUUGUAUAUUGGUCAAGCUUAA